CAUUUAGUCGGUCAUCGGCGAUACGCGUGCGUAGUAAGACUAUUUAGCUUUUAGCGCGCAGCAUGAGUAGCUCCGCGUAUUAUAACGGAGGACGAACAUUAGCGCUUGAGUAAAGUCGCGUAAUAUGAAUUCGUAUGUCAAUUAGAAGGCGUAUUUGCGCAUGCGCAUUGUGAAAUUAUGUGAAUAUCAGCAAAACAGAAGGUGAAAAGGUUGAAGUAAUAAUUAUCAAUAUAAUACAACCAAAGAAAAUAAGACAAGGUGUUUAUGUUCUGACAGCAUAAUAUAUUAGUGCUUAAACUUUAUUACCACUAUAACUACGUAGAACAUCAAGAACAAGUUUUAUAAAAUAAUGAGUUUUACGUUACUACCGACUAACGCCUACCAUGUACGCCCCGUGUGUUCGCCGUUUCGUGUGCAGUUGCAUAUACUAUUUGGCUUUGUAUUGGGCUUUCUGAUGGCGCUAGGCACACUACUAUUGUAUAGUCAUUAUCAAAUGGAGAGCGUGCAACAGCGGCAACACACUACUGCCACCGAGUACUGGCAAACGGGUUAUAUGACGGCCUUGCAGGAGGUGGCCACCGAGGCCGAUACGUUGCAACAACAGCUUAACGAGCGCGUGCGUGUGCUAUGCAUGGUGUUGACAUCGCCCAGCCACCAUGCGAGUCAUGCGCAGCAUGUGAAGGCCACUUGGGGCAAACGUUGCACGCGUUUGAUAUUUUUAAGCAGCGAGGAAGAUGAGGAGUUGGGCGCUGUGGCGGUGGUGGAUACGGAGGCCGACACCUAUGAUGAUUUGUGGAAUAAGACACGUGAGGGAUUUCGCUAUGUGUACGAACAUUAUUUUGACGACUAUGACUGGUUCGUCAAGGCGGACGAUGAUACUUACAUGGUGAUGGAAAACUUGCGUUACAUGCUAUACGCAUAUUCGCCGGACAUUCCAAUCUACUUCGGCUAUCAGCUGGUGCGCUAUGGUGUGCCCUAUAUGUCCGGUGGCGCCGCCUAUGUGCUCAGCAAAGAAGCACUGCGACGCUUCAUGACUGUGGCCUAUCACAACUCCACGCUCUGCCCGCGUGCACAGAAAUUUGGCAUUGAGGACUUUUAUAUGGGUGUUUGUUUGCAAAAUGUAGGCGUACAUCUCGCCGAUGCACGAUUCGCAUUGAGUGCCGACGAUAAACCGAAAUUUAUUCCGCUUGAUUUGCAAACUUACAUGGCCACCGACAACACAACGGAGAUCUCCGAAUGGCUGCUUACCAUGACGCCGCACCCAGUUGAGCGCGGCUUGCAUUGUUGUUCGAACUACUCGAUUGCCUUCCACUACACCAGUCCCUGGGCUAUGUAUAUGUAUGAGUACUUCAUUUAUCGUUUUCGUGCCUUUGGUCUGCAACAGCAUCAGGUGAGCAUGCUACCGGUCAAUUUGUCGCUGGAGGAAGUGAAGCGUUUAUUUCCCAGCAAUUACACCGCCGAAGAGGGACCGUUAGUGAACUUAGCCACACAAGGUCUACCAGAUAAUUUUUAGUUGUAACUCUGAAAUUGUGAUAUUAUUCAAAGUGUGUAUGAGGUUGAUGCUGGGCUCCUAUCAAUUAUUUAUUAAGUAACUAAGUAUAUGUAUUUAUUAUGAUUUAAAGUUGUUAUAAGCAUAUAUACAAGGCGUCUAAGCAUAUGUAUAUGUAUGUAUUGCAUAUGGUUCUUUGUUUAUAGUUAUGUAUUAUAGGAAAUUAAAUAAAUAUGAAGAGAUCAGUUUGUUAACAAAAAAGU